UUUCUUUUAUCGGCGCUUUCACGCAUCACAUAAUUGAAAUGGCUUGAAAUAUAAAAUAUAUGAUGUAAUAAUAUUUAUCCUUUACCAUCAUAAAAUGCUGAUAAACACUCAGCUCUUAAAAAGCUUUUCUACUACAUUUAUUGAAUUCAAGGUAGUCGUAUUAGGCAAAGAAAAUACUGGCAAAACAAGUUUAGUUGAAAAAUAUUUAUAUGAAAGAUUUUGUGAUGCUGCGUCUUAUCAAAGUACAAUAGGCACAGCAUUUGGAGCAAAAAGGAUGGUUAUUGAUGGACAUUCUAUAUCUUUAGGCAUAUGGGACACUGCGGGCAGUGAGAGAUAUGAUUCAAUGAGCAGAAUAUAUUAUAGGGGAGCUUUUGCAGCUAUAAUAUGUUUUGAUCUGACCAAUGCAUCCACUUUUGAAAAAGCAGCUUUUUGGAUAAAUGAGAUUAAACAAUGUGAAGAAAAAUGCAAGAUAUACCUCUGCGGAACUAAAAAGGAUUUGAUAAAGCAAGACAAAACUAACAGAAGGGUUGAUUAUUACGAUGCCUUGGAGCUUGCAGAUGAGAAUGCUGCUCAAUAUUAUGAAACAUCAAGCAAAGAUGGGGACAGCAUAGACGAAAUGUUCUUAGAUGUGUCCAAGGCUUUUGUGGCUGACCCGGAAAAUUUAAAAAUUAAUAAAAGGAAGGGUCUAAGCUUGAACGGCAAUUCCACGGCCUCUAGCUCAAAUACAUGCAACUAUUCCAAAAAAUAUAACAAUAAAUUUUGCGGCUGUUGAACCAUAUUAAAGCAAAACGCUUUUUUCUCAAGCGGUUAGACUUUUAUUAAAUCGAUGCUGACAUUGUUUAUUUUAUUUAUUUUUAUAUUAAAGUAUUUUAACUAUAAAUAAAUUUUAUAUAUUUUUGAAAUCAUAAAAUUAUCCCAAAAUCCAAACUAUUUUUUUGGUCUAUUUAAAUUAAUUUUAUAAUCCAUUUUUAAUUUUUUUUAAUGAAUAUAUAAUAUUUUUAAAAAAUACAUUUAAGUUAAAAUUGACCUUAACCAUUUAGCCACACAUUUACUGGUUAGCAAAACUUGUGAAUAUGUAUUUAUUAAUUAUAGUAUUGUAAUUUUUAAGCUAAUUUCCAUUUUUUAAAAUAUUUUCUUCCUUUUAAAGUAAUUAAUAGGGAUUUUUUAUACUGUAUAUAAAAAUCUUAUACUAAAAAAAUCUUGAAAACCAAAUUUUUUAAAAUAUUUAUUUAAGAAGUCUCAUCUGAUUUUGUGAUGAAAUUAUUUACUUUAUUUUUAAAUCUAUUGCCAUCUCACCUCAUUGUAUAUAUUUUUUUAAUAUAGUGGUAGUUAUUUAUU